ACGGCUUCCAUCACAUAAGGCUGGCUGUCGUGCCUGCCGCAAGAGGUACCCACAGCGUUGCUAGUGUCUCCGGCAUGGAGACCCAACUCUCUUUGCCUUUCAGUGGAAUGCUCUAUUUUAUGGCCGAAUAUUACACCUUGCUGCUGAUUGUCGCCGUGUCGUCACUGCAUUCUUAGAGACGUCCGGUCUAUCUGCGAGGAUGCCUGUUGUUCAUUGCGAUCCUGCAUGGUUCUUCGUUAGCUGGACGGAGUAGUACGCGGAUAAACCGUCCCAGUUGCCUGAUGAGCAUAACGGAUCCGAGGCCCUGCUCACAUUAUGUCCGGAUUCUCCCUGGCAUGGCCAUACUAAUCGACCUUUCCCUUGAGCCACGUUCGCUCUCCGGGUAGCUGACAACGCAUUGCAUUUUAUUAGAUUCGGUUCCUCUGUCAGUUCAAGCACUUCGUAGCGUCAAAGUCUACGCUGUGUCCAGAUGUAGUAGAUCCAUCGCGCACUCUCUUGUGGUUUCACUUAAGAUAUUUUCCGGGUGAUGAUUCCAUUACCGAUUCUUGAUUUCGACUACACGCGUCUUUCUGCGUUACCUAGUACAUGUAUUGGAAAAUUUUACAAAAUUUUGAACGCCGUCCAUAACGGCUGACAUCUAGUGAGUACUCACGGUUUUUCGACCUGAUACUGACGAGCCUCCUAACGAACCGGGCCCCCACGAAGCUUCGCUGCCCAGACAUGUCGUCGCUGAAAAUCUCGUCUGAGAUGGGCUGCUCUAUUUUUCAAGAUCACGAGUCUAAAUCUAUGGGACAUAUCCUUUCUACUAUGGUGGCAGAUCGAUUAUCGAGGGCGUGCAACAGAUUGAACGUUGGAUUUUUCAUCCUACCAUAGGUUGUUCAACGUCCUAAUAAGCCUCCAGAUAUCAAGUCUCUUUGGCUGACGACUGAAGCCCAUAAUGCCCGAAUGAACGUCGCACACAACACAGGGCAGAGCUGGGUUCUGCCGCAGAGUGUGGUUGCGCUUCGUAUGGGUCGGUUCUUUAGAACAGCAUGUAUGCCAAGGACCGCAUCAGACGCAAGCGGGGCGAAAUCCCGGAUUGUUCAAGCCAUGGAUGGAAACUACAAAGCAAAAACCAGAUUCCAACAGCGAGGAAUGCCUCACGUGACUGUAGAAGCCACGCAAAGAAACGAACAGGUGGCUGUCAUUGAUCGCCAUUGUACUCGCCCAUUGAUCCAUCCGAUCCUUUCCCUUCGAUGUCAGGUAUCAUAAACGCUCCUGAAUCGGCGUCCGAUCUGCUCCGUCGCUCAACCCGAGUGGUGUCCAAUGGGGACCUCCGUAAACCUGAAGUAAUUUCAGUUUCGAUCACGUGUCGGAAUGAACCCUGGAGAAAGACCAAGUCGGUAGGCAAAGCAAAGGAGAUGGGCAAGGUCGUCAGGGAGGAUCAGAUCGCGGAGCCCUCCAUCUCUGCUAGGCAGCUCCUGCCUUUUCCGUGUCCAAGUUUAGACGCCCCACGCAUUUGCCUCUUCACUGUGGAUCAAGUGGUUUGGUUCAAGAACUAUCUCGGUGAAUGGCAGCGCGGCAAGAUAUACGCUAGCCCCGCUGCCCCGCAAGGCCGCCGAAUCCGAGCAAGUGAUAAUCACAUCUACUGGAAUGUCAUCUACGUCAAUCCAAGUGGUCACAAGCUCCGACGCUGGUUUACACCCGUGAACGGCGACAUCAAACCGGAUACGCCCGAUAUCCGGGCUCUGCUAAACGAUGGUGGCUGGCUGGAUGAUUGUGAUGAGACCUGAAGCGUCGAUCCCUUCGCAUUUCUGUUUCCGUUGUAAUUGUAUUUCGAGAGUUUGUUUAUACAGGAUACCCAUGGAUAUUUGGUUUGCUGCCGAGAAAUUUACGCCAGAUUUGGGAUGCGGAUAUCCGUCGUUUUUAUCUUCCCCGAUUUUCAUGUAUAUUACUCUCCGUUGUGGACAAGACAAAA